UUUUUUAAUAGGUGCUGUAGGAGACCCUGAAGCCUGAUAGGUGAAAUAGUUGACUGAAAUAUUAUAGAUUAACGAGGGCUCGUGGAAUGUGCAUAUUGUGUGGAAGGAGUUUGUUGCAAAAGCUUUGUGUGAGUUUUAAGAAAAGACUCAAGAAGCUGAAACAGAUGAAAGUCAAUGUCCAGCGGCGGCUGCAAGAUCCAGAUCGAAGAUGGGAGCUGCGGAUGAAGUUCCUGCAGCAAGCUAAAAGCUACAUUGGGGUGCCAUACCACAAGAGGUACCACCAGCCUGGAUCGAAGCAGCAGACCCAUGACAUGGUUCAUGUGGAGAUCUGGCUAGGGGAAGGAGAGCGCACCCUGGGGGCUCGCUGGCAUCAGGGCAAAGUGCAGGUCUUCGACUCCUACAAGUUUGUUUCCUCUUCAUACGGUGAAAUGAAUUACCGGUUCAAAUCGAUUGAAACGUGGCUCCAAGGAAUCUGUGUAAGUCACUGCAGUCAACACAAGUGGGGUUUUCCAAAGCAGCUGCCAAGUCCAAAAUCCAUCUUCUACAAGGAGGAUGUGCAGGAACCCUCUGAAGAGGAGAUCGAACCAGAGGAGUCAAACAGUGAGCCAGGCAUCAUGCAGCUGAAACAUGGAGACCAAACAGAGCCAAGUGAAGCCAAGCCAGAGAAAGCUAAGGACUUGCAGGAUGUUCUCGGGACUGGAUCAAAGGUUCACAGUGAGGGAGAGAUUAAUAUCGACUCCCCAAGCACAGAGAGGGCAGGGGGGUGCGCUUCACCAAAGGAGAGGGAGGUCAGUGCACUAGACAACCAAGUUCAGGAAACUUGCCAGUCAGAUGCCAUGCCAGAAAGCAAAAGUAACAAUAUUUUGAACGACUAUAAAACAGAAACAAAGAUGGAUUCCAGAGCAAACCCAAAGACGGCCGGGGCGACCGCAAGGAAAGUGAAGAAGAAGAAGAAGAAGAAGGUGGAGUGCAGAGGUCAAGGGGAAGAGCAGAAGCAGCAGUGUGCUUCAGGACCAGCAGCUGAGGAAGCUCCAGACGGCCUCUUAAUCGAGUCUCCAGACUGUAGGAAAGCAGAAGGCCCCAGCAAAUUUAGCUUUAGAAGAAGCUCAGAGUCUGACAAAAAACAGGAGCCCAAAGGACCUGGGCCUUUCUUUUAUAUUGGAGGAGGAAACGGGAGCGCCCUGGUGGGUGCCUACUGUUUGAGUAAAGGCUGGCAGCGUAUCAACAAUAAGAACAGAGAGGAUUAUAAACUGAAAUGGUGCGAGACCAAAUCCUAUGCCACGUACAGCAACUUUCACCAAGGUGAGCAGCUUGUUUACCAAAUCCCCAAUAACAAGGUCCUGACCACCAAGAUAGGCCUCCUGAGCAGCCUGAGGGAGUAUGAGCGGGUUGUCACCAAGGUCCAGCAGGGCAGAGCUUCAAAGCUAUUAAAACUGGAAGAUUUCUUCCCUGACACAUUCCGCAUGGAUGUAAAGGAAGAAAGGGAAGCUUUCUUUGCGCUGUAUGAAGAGAGACAGGUAUGGAUUUGUAAGCCCACAGGUCUGAAUCAGGGUCGUGGGAUCUUCCUACUGAAGACAGCUGAAGAUAUGGAAAACUUUCGUUCCAGGCUGCAGAACGUUGAAGAGAACCCACUUUACAGAAAGAUACCUUUCAAAUCACCUCAGGCUAGAAUAGUACAAAGGUAUGUUCAAAACCCUCUGCUCCUAGAAGGAAAGAAGUUUGACAUCCGAUCCUACUUCCUUAUUGCCAGCACAGUGCCUUACAUGGUAUUUUUCCGCCAUGGUUACGUCAGAUUGACCUGUGAACCCUAUGACCCCAACUCCAAUGACCUCACAGCACACUUAACCAAUCAGUACAUGCAGAAGAAGAAUCCGCUGUAUAAUGAGCUGAAGGAAGAGACAGUCUGGUCCAUGGAGCGCUUCAACGACUAUGUUAAUGAGAAGUCUAGAGCUGCCAAAGGGCUCCCGGAGGACUGGGUCUACACUGUUUUUACAAAGCGAAUGCAGCAGGUUGUGAUGCAGUGCUUCCUCGCAGUCAAAUCCAAACUGGAGUGCAAACUGGGCUACUUCGACCUCAUUGGCUGCGACUUUUUGAUCGAUGAAGACUUUAAGGUAUGGCUCCUGGAGAUGAACUGUAACCCUGCUCUACACACUAACUGUGAGGUUCUGAAGGAGGUCAUUCCCAGUGUUGUCAAUGAAACCUUAGAUCUAGCCUUUGAGAUUUUUAACAAGCUCCGGAAAGGUCAAACUAUCAUGCCCUUGGGUGCUCAGAAGGACUUUACCUUGUUGUACAACGGGGAACUCAACGACAUCCUUGUGAAGCCAAUGAGAACCAGAGCAGCUGGGGCGAACUUUCAAACAGCAACGCGGCCCAAGAGCGCGGCUCCACCCCCUCCCAAACCAUGCGAGAAAAAGCAGAGGCAGGCAGGACCUUUCACAGCCAAGGUGUCCAUCAGUGCAGCGAACCAGCCUCUUCAAAGACCAGCACAGGGGAAGGGCACAGAGACACCGAACAACCCAUCUCCAAGCUCAGUUAAACCAAAAAACAAGGCGGAAUUAAAGCAAAGUAAAAGCACCUUAUCCCAUAGGAAUGACCCCAGUUCAUUGGAUCUCGGAAAUCUUACUUCCCCAAUUUUAGGCACAGAGAAAACCAAAGACGCCACUGUUUCGAUGCCAGUCUUGUCAGAAAGGUCUUUCACCUCUUCACGCCCACGAUCUUUUUCCACGGAAAGGUCUCCUGCGUCCAACAGCAGGAGCUAUGGUUACUUUGGUUUAGACUGUGCCCAGGUUACAGCAGUAAAACUCCAGCCCAGGGUUCCUGCAGCAAAGAUUUUGAACAAAGAGGAGAUAAUGGCAGCUGACCCUGCAGAAAACCACCGAAGGGCUUCAGAGGAAGAUCCCAAACCAGGAAAGGAAGUGCCCAACCGAGGGGCUUGAUCUUCCUUACUCAGGGCGGAAUUUGUGCAACAAAUUGGUCACUUUGUUUCAGACGUGAUUUAAUUAUACAAUUAAAUAAAUACAAUUAUACAAUAUGUGAAACACAAACUGUAUAAUUUUGUUGUCAUUUGUUCACGGUGCUUCAUAAUUAUUAUUUAUAUAUUUUUUUGUUUAAAUUACAUGUACAUAUUUAA